AUGCCGCAGCCUGACUGGCGAGAGCUGGUGGAGUGCUUCAACAAGAUAGCGCAAGACCCUGACUGCCGGGCUGUGGUGAUCUCUGGUGCAGGAAAACUGUUCACUUCAGGUACCAGGUGCUCUCCACCCCCACCCCUGCCACUGCUCCUGGAGGUGGACGUAGGUUUGGCAGCUGAUGUGGGAACGCUGCAGCGACUGCCCAAAGUCAUCGGAAACCAGAGCCUGGUCAACGAGCUGGCCUUCACUUCCCGCAAGAUGAUGGCUGAUGAGGCCCUGGGCAGUGGUCUGGUCAGCCGGGUGUUCCCAAACAAGGAGGACAUGCUUGAGGCAGCCUUCACCCUGGCGGAAGAGAUUUCCACCAAGAGCCCUGUGGCAGUGCAGAGCACCAAAGUCAACCUGAUCUACUCCCGCAACCAUUCCGUGGCGGAGAGUCUCAACUACGUGGCCACCUGGAACAUGAGCAUGCUGCAAACCCAGGACAUCGUUAAGUCUGUCCAGGCUGCAUUGGAGAAGAAGGACCUGAAGAGCGUGAACUUCUCCAAGCUCUGAGAGCCCCCAAGGGCCAGGCCUUGCCCUUUGUCCCACCUCAUGCCGUUUCCUCAUCCACAGAGAAGGAUUAGUGAGGAUCGUCGCCUCCGUGCCUUCAUGCCUGAUUUCCAAUUUAUAGCUGGGACACUGAUUUCCUCAUGCCCAGGGCCUUAUCUUCACCCAAACAAUAAAGG